AUGAUUUUGAAAAUAAUCACCACAAUAAUAAUCGAUAAGAAGUAUGAUUACCUAGUGAAUGUAUCAAAAAGCUGGCUGAUUGUCAAGUCGGACGUCCUUGGAGAUGAGGCAAAGAGGGUGUUUGGAGAUGAGGUCAAUGUUACAACUGAAGGUCAGCGCCACUUAGGGGCCGUCAUCGGAUCUCAAGAGUUCAAGGAUCAAUAUUGUCGGGAAAAAAUCCUUAGAUGGAAAGGAGAACUCAAAGCACUAUCUGAGAUAGCAAGGAGCCAGCCUCAUGCAACCUACACUGUUUUCUCGAAUGGUUACAAAUCCAAGUUUACCUAUUUCAUGAAAGAAUAG